AUGUUUGCAACAGCGAUCAGGUAUUUGGCAAAGAAACCGAAGCCAAAGCAGAAACCUAUAGAGCUAAAAACUCCACCUGAGCAAACUAAAACCCUCACUAGGGUUAUAUUUGAUAUAGUAAAGGAGCACGGUCCUCUCACCAUCGCCGACACCUGGGAACAUGUCCAGCAAGUUGGGUUGAGAGGACUGACCAGCAAAAGGCACAUGAAGAUAGUGCUGAGAUGGAUGAGGGAGAGGCAGAAGCUCAGGUUAAUAUGCAACCAUGUAGGGCCCCAUAAGCAAUUUCUGUACACCACCUGGUUCGCCAAAUCCAACGUCAAUCAGCCGAAACCUGCAAAUGGUUCUUCACUGCCUAAGUUGCCUUGA